UCCUAAAGUCUCCUUAACGCUGAACUUACGAUAUCAUUCCACCCAUAAAACAGUUCAAUAUUAUCGUGCUUGAAUAAUUCUUCAUUUACUGCCCAUCUUUCAAAGAGAUUAUAUAAAAGUUUGAAAACUAAAAAGGACACUCUUUUAGCACUUUUUCCCCGUACGAGAAGACUCUUUCAUUUUAAUGUUGCGUUCAAUCCUCUUCAUAUUUGCUAUCUUUUUGACAUUUGUUGUCGCUUUAUUCGAAAAUGACAAUGGAUAUCAACACGAUGCACAAGUCCACAGAUACCAACCCGCAGAUUCCAAGCCCAGCCAUUACAUUAAUAAAAGGAAGAAGAUCCGUUUUCACAAAGACACUGGUCGCAACGCUGGCUUACUCAAUUUGAAUCCUGGAAAGCAUUUGGCUAUUGACGACAUCACUCUCCGUCAUGUUCUCAAUCAUGUUAUUGAUGUUGACCUUAUCAAGCUUGAAAAAGUUGGCGAAAACGUUUAUAUACUUAGUUACAAUCAAUUAGUUAGUGUUUAAAUUAGAAGGAAAAAAAAGUAUACAAAGCCAGUUGCCUUUCUUUUACACACAUGGGUGAUGCAGCUAUUACAAUUGUUGCAAUCACUUACAUACAAGUAACUUGCCUGGGAAGGGUUAUUGUAACAUACCAUAUACAUAG